AUGCCACCAAGAUUAAAUAUUCCUCCAGUGACGAGGAUACUACUUAUCGCAUUAGUAUCUGAAUCCAUUUUGAGUGCGGCAAUUCGAUAUAAACAAUGGGACAAGGAAACCGCAGCAGAUCUUCAUAUAGUAGUUCCAUACCUGUCGCUCGUACCUCAAUUAUCCUUCAUAUACCCUUGGACCUUCCUGACAACUACAUUGGUGGAGAAUAAUGUGUUUACCUUGAGUAUAGCUGGAUUGACUUUAUUCUAUGGAGGAAGAUAUUUGGAACGAGCAUGGACAUCCAAGGAAUUCGCAAAGUUUAUUAUAAUCGCAUCUCUUCUUCCUAACCUUUUUACAUUCGGGACUUUGGUUCUUUUCUUUGCUGUCACUGGUGAUAUGAGCUGGACCUCAAUUAAUGGAACCAUUCCUCUUCAAAUCUCCUUCCUAAUCGCCUUCUCUCAACUCAUACCUACACAUACCGUCACCUUAUUUAAAGGAAUUCUCUCCCUUCGCGUUCCUCGAUUCCCUCUCCUCCACUUCUCUACUAUCCUUACCCUCUCCCUCCUCCAACUUCUAAGCAUCUCUUCCGUCUUCCUCGUCUCAUGGGCCUUUCUCAUCUCAUGGACCUACCUCCGCUUCUAUAAAUCCGCCUUCCCAGAUCUCGAUUCCCAUCAAACGCCUACCCUUCGCGGCGAUGCAAGUGAGACAUUCGCAUUCGCAGAAUUUUUCCCUGGCCCUCUCAAACCUCUCCUCGCUUCCUUCUCAGACGCAGUCUUCAAUACAUUAGUAGCAAUUAAAAUAUGCACACCAUUUUCCGCAGCAGAUGUUUCAGCUAGUAGAGGAGAAUCUUCCUUCAUACAACAAAGAGGUACACCAGGAGGAGCGAGAGCAGAGGCAGAAAGAAGGAGAGCUUUGGCGCUUAAAGCGCUAGAUCAGAGAUUACAUGCUGCGACAGCUAAGAAUGUUUCACCGCCUGCGCCUACAGGUCCAUCGGUAGCGACACAACCGCAACCGGGAACUCAAACAGCAAUGACAAGUCAACCGAGUGGGAUGUUAGGAGAGACGAAUUAUGUGCCAGAAGGACAUGAGGGAGAUAAGGCAGGUUCGUGA